UAUGUCAAUUAAAAUUAAAUCUGUGACAGAAAUAAUUAACAAAUAUGACCAUUUUAUUUUUGAUAUGGAUGGUGUUAUUGUAUGAAUAUUAUAUUAUAUAUCAGUGGACAGGUGGAUAAUUUAUUGAAAGUGGAGUUAAUGGAGUAAAACAUUUAAUUGAAAAAGGAAAAUCAGUAUAUUUCUUAACAAAUAAUUCAACGAAAAGUAGAUAAUCUUAUUUUGAAAUAUUAUCAAAUAUUGACAUAAAAACAGAUCUGGAUCAUAUUUAUUCAAGUUCAUAUUUAACUGCAGUUUAUCUAAAAAUGAAUAAUUAUAAAAAAGCAUUUAAUUUAGGAGUAAUAGGAAUAACAGAAGAAUUAUCAGCUUUAGGAAUAAAAACAAGAGAUUCUGAAGAAUUUAAAGAUAAUUAAUAUGUUACAUAUGACAUAUUUAAUAGUAUAUAACCUGAUGAAGAUAUUGAUUGUGUUGUUUCAGGUCAUAAUCCAUAAUUUAAUUACUAUAUGUUAUGUUAUGCUAGUUUAUGCAUUCAAAAGGGAUGUAAAUUUGUGGCAGCUAAUCCUGACAGCUAUAUUAAAGUAUAGAAUCGAUUGAUGCCAGCAGGAGGAUGUAUUUAAGCAAUUUUGGAAAGAGCAACAGGAUAAAAAUCUCUUUUAGUAGGCAAACCUUCACCUACAGCUUUAGAAAUAAUAAUGAAAUAAAAUAAGAUUGAUGAUAAAUCAAAAGUCGUAAUGAUUGGUGAUAAUCCUGAAACUGAUAUUGAGUUUGGAUGGAAUUGUGGAAUAGAUACUAUUUUAGUAACUACAGGUGUUACAAGCUAAGAAUAAGCUGAACAUGUAAAAACAACAUAUGUAUGUGAUCAUUUAUAUAUAUGA